UCUGCGCAUGCUCAGUGUUCCCUCUGUGUGGCGACUGCAGAGCCGACGAGCUAAGUGGCAACAGCGGGUUAGCUACGCAGCUAGUCAUGGUGAAUGUGAAGAAGCGGAAAGGUCGGGUCGUUAUUGACUCUGACUCGGAGGACAGCGCCAGUGACGACAAUUUAGAUCAGGAGCUGCUGUCUUUAGCAAAGAGGAAGCGGGUGGAUUCCGGCGAGCAGGAGGAACCCGUCAGCAAACCAGCAGCAUCCACAGACUCGGAAACAUCCGACAGCGAUGACGAGUGGACUGUCGGCGGCACCAAAGGGAAAAAGAAGGUAAAGCCGGGCAAAGGUUCCGAGAAGAAGAGCGCUACAAAGAAGAAGGUCAACAAAGCUUCAGGCAGCUCAGAUGGAGGCAGCUCGGGGGACAGCUCCGCUCCAGAGGAGGGCGAAGUGUCGGAUUCCGAGAUCAACAGUUCGUCCUCUGACUCGGACACCUCAGAGGACGACGAGUUCGAGGACGGGUACGACGACGACCUGAUGGGCGACGCCGAAGACAGAGCGCGUCUGGAGCAGAUGACCGAGAAGGAGAGGGAGCAGGAGCUGUUCAACAGGAUCGAGAAGAGGGAGGUGCUGAAAAGACGGUUUGAAAUCAAGCAGAAGCUGAAGACUGCGAAGAAGAAGGAAAAAGAGGAGAAGAAGAAGAAACAAGAAGAAGAGCAGGAAAAGAAGAAGCAGUCUCAGGUUCAGGACGCUCAAGUGCAGAGCAAAAAUGCAGCCGGCUCCAGCAUGUUCAGCCCUCCGUCAGGGAAAAAGCCGGCUGAGGAAAAGAGCAGACACACUUUGCUUUCAGCCAGCAAAGCUCCGUCCAGCAGACCUGCAGGAAGCGCUGCUCCCUUCAGACCGUCUGUGCUCUCCACUCGCAGGAUCAACGUUCGGUUUUCAGAAGCUACUCGCGACAACGAGUUUAAAGGGUCUCUGCUGAAGACGCCGGCACGGAUGUCGCUCUGCCUGGUUUCCUCCACUCCGCAGGCGGCGGCGGGGGCGGGGCCUCACACCGGGAGACCUUCCACGUUCUCCGCUCAGAAAACUCCAAGGACUUUUGUUUUUAACGGAAACACCUCACUCACACCCGGAACGCAGAAGAAGGCGACCUUUGACCUCAAAGCCAGUCUGGCGCGGCCGCUCACGUACAAGCCUCACGCAGGGAAACUGAAGCCGUUUGCUGAAGUCAAAGAAAACGCAGCAGCAAACAAAUCCCUGAACUCCCACCAGGAAAGCUACAAACAACACAAAGUUCAGACCAGGGAGGACCGCAGGACACAGCAGGCGCAGGGACGAAAGCAGAAGAAGGAGAGCAUGCUGGGAGCUCGCAGAGGCCUGGCCAUGAUGUAGGAGCCUCCGCUCUGUCUCUUGUAAAUAUUUCAACUUCUGUACUUUUUUUUUAGCAAAGUAGACGAGCUUCUGCCUCUGCAUUUAUGUGUCCUUCUUGAGUUAUUUAACUGCUUUGCUGCUUUUAAUGUUUUGACGUCAAAGAAAAACUGUUCUUUUUGAGAAAAACACGCUUUAGAUAAAAAAAAA